AUGAAUCUUUCGGGUGUCGCGGAGUUUUUGAUCAAGUAUGCAUCACGAAAUGCAAUAGACCUGAGCAACCAAUUCAAAUCACUGGUAAAGAGCACGGUUGAUCCUCGUUCCAAGAGUAUUUAUGCUGAAUGUUCACAACUUUAUGAAAUUGCAGUUAGCAACUUUGAUGAUGCCCUGAAAGAUUUGGCAGCAAAAGACAAUUUGAGCGUUAACGUUGGGGUCACGGCUGCGAUGACAGAUGGAGGGGUUUCAAGUGAUGAAGAUGACGAUGGUACAUCGAAUGAAAACCUAGCUUUAUUUGUGGGUACUGAUGAUGCCAAACGGAAUGAUGUUUUAGGGCAAAAAACAACCAAGGAGAACGCCGGUUAUGGUGUUGGAACGUCGUUCAAAGGUGUGAGCGUAAGGAAGGGUCAAUAUUUCAAAAGCAAAGAAGUGUUACAAGCAACAAUGGAAUUGUAUGCGAUGAGGUACAACUGUGACUACAGGGUUACAAAAUCUGAUAUAAAAUUCUGGUGUAUACGCUGCAUAGAAGAUAUUUGCAAAUGGAGUCUUCGUGCUGAGUGUUUAAAUGGAUCUACGUAUUUCAAGAUCAACAAGUUUGUGGGUCUCCAUACUUGUGCUCCAUCAAAGAAGAAGAAAUUUUGUAGGACACCAUCAGCUAAAACAAUUGGGCAUCUCAUUAAGCAGAAUUAUGAGGGUGCAUGGGAGUCUCGUGAGUAUGCAGUGAAUGAAGUUAGAGGAAUUCCUGAGAAGAGUUAUGGUAAAAUACCAAAGUACUUGUACAUGAUACAAGAAGCGAAUCCGGGUACGUUUACAAAUUAUGAAGUUGAUUGCAACAGUAGAUUCAAAUAUCUAUUUAUUUCUUUUGGUCAGUCAAUAAGAGGAUUUUACAAGGGAAUGAGGAAAGUUAUUGUGGUUGAUGGAACAUUUCUGAAGAACAAAUACAAAGGAGUUCUGCUAGUUGCUACAGUUGUAGAUGGUAACUCUAAUUUGUAUCCAAUAGCAUUUGGAAUUGCUGAUUCUGAGAAUGAUUCUUCACGGGAGUGGUUUUUUGAGCAACUUAAGGUUGUUAUUGGAGAUGAUAAAGAUUUAUCCUUCAUAUCAGAUAGGCAUGUGUCAAUUAGCAAAUCACUUGAAAAAAUCUAUCCAUUGUCUAGUCAUGGUAUUUGCAUCCACCACUUGAUUGGUAAUGUAAUUACAUAUCACAAGGGAAGGGGUGUGGCUGAUUUGGUUUCAAGAGCAUCUAAAGAUAAUAGAGUUGCUGAGUUUGAAAAAUAUUUUGGAGAAAUUUGCAACAUCAGUCCUGCGAUUGGAGAGUACCUAGCAGAUGCUCAGGUUAAAAAAUGGGCUUGA